UAGGACGUUUAACAAAAAUGUGCAAUUAAUUCAGUGUAAUAUCUUAAGUUGUCAAUAAAUUAAUUAGCAAAUACAAGAGAAAACAAUUCAUGAAGGCGCCACUUGUUGCCGUUUUAUAUUUCAGCCAACAUUCGUUUCGUGGUAUGCAAUUCGAAGGGCACUUAACAUAAUUUGUCGACGGACAUGGAAGCGCAUUGCACACCAUGUCCACCUAAUCUGUUUAUCUACAAGAUAAGCUCUGGCUAUGAAUCUGACGCUUAAUACAACAGAGUAUAACAAGCCAUACGAAAAAUAACAAGAAUUACACAAAAAAGGCAGCAAUAACAAAAUUAAAACUUUUCAAUCCGCACACAGACGAGUUGUUUUUUGACAAGUGAUAUAACUGCGGUUGCAGUUGACCAGCUUCUCCCUACUGUUCCGGCUAUACGCUAUCAACGGACAUUCAGCUGAACAACUUUAUCCAAGAACGGGGUGAAGCGCAACAAAAGAUGGCAGCAAACACCAACAUUGCCACAACCGACAUCAACAAGCAAGGCGAACGGCCACGGGACAGCACCCGCAUGACGUUUGUUGCCGGCUCACCAGCGCCACCGGCAUCGUCAACAUCAGCCUCGCCACAACGAAAGCGAAAUCAAGAACAAUGCUCUACGAAAAUAUUGCAGGCACUACUGGGUAUUGCAGCGCAACCGCAAGGGGUGGCACAAUCGGACGAGCCGGAAUCAGAGGCAACGCUAAACCAGCAGUGGCAUAUGGAAUUGAGCCAAAUUGAGUUGAUCUAUCGCGCGGAGGGUAAUGCAAAUUUGGUGCUAGCAUUGCCGCAAUUUAAAAAAGUUUUGCGUCUGCCAAAAACGUCGAGACUGCCGACAACUAGCCGCAGCAACAGUUCCAAAUAUAACGAAAUGAAAAUUGGUAAUACACAACAGCUAACGGAUGCGAAUGUGGCGAAGGGGCGGCAAGUGUCCGACAAAGAGUGGCAGCAACAUCAACAACAACAACAAGAACAACGGCAAACUCAAGAAAUGCAAUUGCAACAUCAGUCAGAACAGCAAAAACAUCAGGAGGUAGUCCAAAGUGCUUCCGACCCGGCUGUAAAUCAAAAUGCAAAAGACUUGACAAUGGAGGAUUUCGUAGCUUACAUCGAGGUAAUACGAAAACUACUUGGUAGCGAGUUUGUAUUCGAGACCGAGAUUGUGCGGAUAACGGCAGAGAAGGACAUACGCUGUAUAAAUGAACGGAUUCGUGCGGAUCGACCAGCUUAUCGUCGUGAUAAAGAAUUUUGUGGGGAAUUCGGUUUGCUGCUGCCAGAUGCUACACGCUUACCAAUAGCAUUCGAUAUUUUACUUUCCAAUUUGCAGGCGGAAUUGAUCGGCGACACAUACGCCAUCGAAAUAAAACCGAAGCAAGGCUGGCUGCUACCCAGCGAGGUCGUCAGCAAUUUAUGCGAAUUGGAGAAAGGGCCAGUGCUGGCCACAGCGACGGCAGCGUCGGCGGAGCAGCAGCAAGACAGCAAAGGGGCGGAGGGUGUGGAGGGAAUGGCAGUGCCAGCGCGCAGCCACGUCGCAAGGUGUCGCUUCUGUGCGAUGCAAUUUCUGAAGCUGCACACGGGCAAAAUCAACAGGCGAACUUCUUAUUGCCCGCUGGCGUUGUUUUCCGGUGUUCCGACGCAAAUGGUUACCGCCAUCGAUGCUCUGCUGCGGUGUCCGCAAAAUAAUUUACGAGUAUUUCGUAACGGUAUUUUAGUGUAUGAUGGCGAGAAGCAUUGCUACGAAGAUUUCGUGCAGAAUAUAUUUCCCGGGCAAAUAGAGCUUUUAAAAGAUUUGGUGGUGGCAUGCUUGCUGAGGGACUACACGGCCAACAAUAACGACAACGGCAGCGGCGGUGGCGGUGGCGACGAAGGUAGCAGCAGCAGCGUUGCUGACAUUGUUGAAGUGGCCAAAGCUGCUUCUGGUCAGCCACACUUAAGCGCGGCGUCAGAACAAAGCGCCAUGGCAGAGCAGAGGCAAAGAGCGGACAAGAUGUGGAGGGCGACGGAAGAAAGUAGCGUGAUGCCAGCACACCUAACAGAUGGUGGCCGAGGGGCGACGGUGCCGGCAGCACGAGUGGCUUCUAGAGGGGCGCCAACUCCGCACCAUCCACGGACCAAGACGACGACAAGGACUGACACUGUUGCACUGGAGACAGCUUCGCAAGCACAAAUCACCGAAGUGGAAACGCUGUGCUUACCGGCAAAUUGUGUGCUGCAAAAAAUUUUGCAUCUGCAAUUGUUGGCCAAGCUCCACAUGCCCACACUGCAUGCGGCCGGUUAUGCGCGUAAGUCGGAAAAAUCAUACAACGCCUUAAAAGCCUUGUUGCAACGUUCAUGCCAGCAACAAAUUGGAGAUGCAUUGCAGCCCGUGGAAGCAUACAUGCUGGGCGCCACCGCGCUGGACUGCUCGAUAAUGGUGGCGUUUCAGGAAAUAUCCACGCACAAUACAGAGCACGCGCAUCCACGCUCGCAUGAAAUGACAACUAUGGCUGCGCUGUCGAGGUAUUGCGUCGGCUUGCCGCGCUAUAAAAGGACCUUCCUCACCAAAGUCACGCUGGUCGACCUGGAUCCGAAGCCUGAUAGUCACUUGUGUAAAUACAUUAAACAGACGUCUCAAGCCCUCAACUUAUUUAUGGAUAGCAGUUCCUGAUGGCUCGCUUGUGUGCCUUGGCGCGUGUGUGUGUGCUCACAAGGCGAAAGAGUCGGUAAAAGCCUUGAAAAGGAAAUACGGCAUAACAUUAACGCUCCGGAAUAUAAAUAAAAAUAUGUAAAUACAUCUCUCUUUUUUGUUAAUAUAUGCUUCGUAAUA